UGUCCUCACUAGCUACAAGCUCUACUGAAAUGUCUACAUUAGCCACAAUUAUCCCAUCAAGUUCCACAAGUUCAACUGAAAUGUCUACAUCAGCUACAAGUAUGCCCACAAUACCAAUGAGCUCUACAGAAAUGUCUACAUCAGCCACAAUUUUCCCCUCAAGUUCCACAAGUUCAACUGAAAUGUCUACAUCAGCUACAAGGAUGCCCACAAUACCUAUGAGCUCUACAGAAAUGUCAACAUCAGCCACAAUUAUCCCCUCAGGUUCCACAGGUUCAAACAAAAAGUCUACAUCAGCCACAAGUAUGUCCUCACUACCUAUGAGCUCUACUGAAAUGUCCACAUUAGGCACUAGUAUGUCCUCACUACCUGCAAGCUCUACCGAAAUGUCUACAUUAGCCACAAUUAUCCCCUCAAGUUCCACAAGGUCAACUGAAAUGUCUACAUCAGCCACAAGUAUGUUGUCACUACCUACAAGCUCGACAGAAAUGUCUACAUUAGCCACAAUUAUCCCCUCAAGUUCCACAAGUUCAAUCGAAAUGUCUACAUCAGCCACAAGUAUGUCCUCACUACCUAUGAGCUCUACUGACAUGUCUACAUCAGCCACAAGUAUGUCCUCACUACUUACAAGCUCUACAGAAAUGUCUACAUUAGCCACAAUUAUCCCAACAAGUUCCACAAGUUCAAUUGAAAUGACUGCAUCAGCCACAAGCAUGUCCUCACUACCUAUGAGCUCUACUGAAAUGUCUACAUCAGCCACAAGUAUGUCCUCACUACCUAUGAGAUCUACUGAAAUGUCCACAUCAGCCAUAAUAAUCCCCUCAAGUACCACAAAGUCAACUGACAUGUCCACAUCAGCCACAAUCCACGUCAACCACAAUAAUCCGCUCAAGUUCCACAAGUUCAACUGA